AUGAAUCUAGUGACGGUGUUUAUGGUGUGCCUGAUGGCCAUCAGUGCCUGGGCGGAGGUGGAAAGCAAAUCCAAGCCUGGCCGAGGCCGGGGCUCGAUGUGGUGGGGCAUCGCAAAGGCAGGCGAACCAAACAACAUCUCCCCACUGGCACCCGGUAUGCCCUACCUGGACCCGGCCAUCCACGCCACGCUGCGCCGAAAGCAGCGUCGGUUGGUGCGUGAAAACCCGGACGUCCUGGCUGCGAUCGCCAAAGGAGCCAUCCUGGCCAUCAACGAGUGCCAGCAUCAGUUCCGGGCACGCCGCUGGAACUGCUCGACGAGGAACUUCCUGCGUGGCAAGAAUCUGUUCGGCAAGAUCGUCGAAAGAGGUUGUCGUGAAACGGCAUUUAUCUAUGCGAUCACCAGUGCCGCGGUAACGCACAGCGUAGCGCGAGCCUGCAGCGAAGGCUCGAUCGAGGCGUGCACUUGCGAUUACUCGCACCACAACCGUGCGCCAGAGACGAACAACAAGGGUGCGGUGGCAGGCGUCGGUGAUUGGGAGUGGGGUGGUUGCAGUGACAACAUCGGCUUUGGCUUCAAGUUUUCCCGCGAAUUCGUCGACACCGGUGAGCGCGGUCGAACGCUGCGCGAGAAAAUGAACCUGCACAACAACGAGGCGGGCCGAGCGCAUGUACAGCAAGAGAUGCGUCAGGAGUGCAAGUGCCAUGGUAUGUCGGGCUCGUGUACGAUGAAGACCUGCUGGAUGCGGCUAAACAGCUUCCGCACGAUUGGUGACAUCCUGAAGGAUCGCUUCGAUGGUGCUUCGCGCGUUAUGGUUAGCAACAGCCAGCGUAGCACCAGUGUCAACGAGAACACGCUCACCAACCGAGCUGGAGCGACUAACCUGAAGACGAACACGAACAGCGUCGGAAGCGCCAGUCCCAACAGCGUACUCAGCAACUCGAUCCACGCCCGAGGCCACCAGCAGAAGCGCGUCAACCGGUACAACUUUCAGCUGAAACCGUACAACCCGGAGCACAAACCGCCCGGUCUGAAGGAUCUCGUCUAUCUCGAGCCUUCGCCGGGCUUCUGCGAACGCAAUCCACGACUCGGCAUCCAGGGGACGCACGGGCGCCAGUGCAACGACACCUCGAUCGGUGUGGAUGGGUGCGAUCUGAUGUGCUGCGGACGAGGCUACCGGACGCAGGAGGUCACCGUGGUGGAGCGCUGCGCCUGCACCUUCCACUGGUGCUGCGAGGUGAAGUGCAAGCUGUGCCGAACGAAGAAGAUCAUCCACACGUGCCUGUAA